AUGCCUUUCAAAGGGUUCCAUUCCCUGAAGGAAAGAUUUUUUAACCCAGGAAAGGAAGAGGUGAAGAACACCAUUAGUGACUCGCUGGGGAAUCUCAGAAGGAAAAUCGAUGGCACCAACGUGGAGGAGGACCACAUUGAGCUGACAGAAGAGGGGCGGCCGGUGCUGGCGAGCACCCGCCAGCCAGCAGCCUGCGACUGCCACUGCUGCGGGCUGCCCAAACGCUACAUCAUUGCCAUCAUGAGCGGGCUGGGGUUCUGCAUCUCCUUCGGAAUUAGGUGCAACCUGGGUGUUGCCAUCGUGGAAAUGGUGAACAAUAACACUGUUUAUGUUAACGGGAAGCCAGAGCUGCAGAAAGCACAGUUCAACUGGGAUCCAGAGACGGUGGGGCUCAUUCAUGGCUCUUUUUUCUGGGGUUACAUUGUGACACAAAUCCCAGGAGGGUUCAUCUCAAAUAAAUUGGCUGCUAACAGGGUAUUUGGAGCAGCUAUCUUCCUAACAUCUACACUGAACAUGUUCAUCCCCUCUGCAGCAAGAGUGCAUUAUGGGUGUGUGAUGUUUGUAAGGAUUCUGCAAGGUCUGGUGGAGGGUGUCACCUACCCAGCCUGCCAUGGGAUGUGGAGUAAGUGGGCUCCUCCCCUGGAGAGAAGCAGAUUGGCCACCACAUCGUUCUGUGGGUCUUAUGCAGGUGCAGUGGUUGCCAUGCCGCUGGCAGGUGUGCUGGUCCAGUACAUCGGGUGGUCAUCAGUCUUCUAUAUUUAUGGAAUGUUUGGGAUUGUUUGGUACAUGUUCUGGCUCCUUCACGCCUAUGAGAGCCCUGCUGCACAUCCAACAAUAACCGACGAAGAGAAGAUAUACAUAGAAACAAGUAUUGGAGAAGGAGCCAGCCUAGCUAGUGCAAGUAAAUUCAGUACCCCCUGGAAGAGAUUUUUCACUUCAAUGCCAGUUUAUGCAAUCAUUGUGGCAAACUUCUGCAGAAGCUGGACCUUCUAUUUGCUCCUUAUAAGUCAGCCUGCUUACUUUGAAGAAGUCUUUGGAUUUGCAAUAAGCAAGGUUGGCCUUUUGUCAGCAGUUCCUCACAUGGUCAUGACAAUCAUUGUACCCAUUGGAGGGCAGCUAGCUGAUUUCUUAAGGAGCAGGAAGAUUUUAACCACAACCACUGUAAGGAAGGUCAUGAAUUGUGGAGGCUUUGGGAUGGAAGCAACCUUGCUUUUGGUUGUUGGUUAUUCUCAUACAAAAGGUGUGGCUAUUUCCUUUCUGGUGUUAGCAGUAGGCUUCAGUGGCUUUGCCAUUUCAGGAUUCAACGUGAACCACUUGGACAUAGCCCCGCGUUACGCCAGCAUUCUGAUGGGGAUCUCCAACGGCGUGGGGACACUGUCAGGCAUGGUGUGCCCGCUCAUCGUUGGUGCAAUGACAAAACAUAAGACCCGUGAAGAAUGGCAAAAUGUUUUUCUGAUCGCAGCCCUGGUACAUUACAGUGGUGAAGAGAAAUGCGGCAUAAUUGAUCAGGAUGAACUGGCUGAAGAAACAGAGAUGAACAAUGAAUCUUUUGUUAGUCCAAAGAAAACGUACGGUGCUACCAGUCAAAACUGUGAAGUACAGAGAAGGGAAUGGAGAAAGCAAAAGCAAGUAACUCAAGACAUGGAAGAACAGACUUCUUACCAUUAUGAAAACGGAAAUUUUCAAGAUUUGUCAUAA